AUGGGGCACUCUACAGCACCCAAAAUAGGAUCCCAUGAUGAUCAUCCGGGCGGAGAGUCCGAAUCGACGGAAUAUCUCCGGCAGCUGUUUUCUGAGAGGAUUGUUUUGCUCGAUGGCGGUAUGGGCACAAGGAUACAAGCGGAUCGGCUGCAGGAGGAGGAUUUCCGUGGUGAGAUAUUGAAGGAUCACCCCAAGGAGCUGAAGGGCGACAACGAUCUUCUCUGUUUGACGCGGCCGGAUCUCGUAGUCAAGAUCCAUAAAGAGUAUCUUCAUGCGGGUGCGGAUCUGAUAGAAACGAAUACCUUCAACGGAACUACCAUAUCCCAGGCGGAGUACCAAUGCGAGAGCCUGGUUCGGGAUCUCAAUUUCCAGGCAGCCAUGUUGGCCAAGCAGGCGUGUCGGGAAGUGGAGGCCGAGACGGGUCGACGACGACUAGUGGCGGGAGCGAUCGGGCCUACUAGCAGGACUCUGAGUGUGUCACCAAGUGUGGAGGAUUCCAGUUAUAGGAAUGUGACUUGGAAUGAACUUGUGAAGGCUUAUUACGAACAGGUUGAUGCGUUGGUAGCAGGCGGGUCUGAUGUUCUGCUGGUAGAGACCAUAUUCGAUACACUCAACGCGAAGGCAGCACUGUUCGCUAUUGAUUGCUACUACGAGGACCAUCCUCGAGAGUCGCGCCUCCCUACCAUUAUAUCGGCGACUAUUGUGGACCAAAGUGGACGUACUUUGUCCGGGCAGACUAUUGACGCCUUCUUAGUUUCUGUCAUGCAUGCUCGACCACUCUGCGUUGGCAUCAACUGUGCCUUGGGAGCAGCUCAGAUGCGGCCUUUUUUCGAGACCCUGGCCAAGCUGGCUCCAGUAUACGUUCAUGUAUACCCUAAUGCGGGCCUACCAAAUGCCAUGGGUGGUUAUGACGAAACACCUGAGUCAUUCGGAGAGUCCUUGGUCCUCUACGCGCAAGAUCAUCUCAUUAAUAUGGUUGGCGGCUGCUGCGGUACCUUCCCGGCCCACAUUCAGGCCGUUCAUGAGCGUCUCAAAGUAGAGCGGGCGAAGUGUCCGGUCUCUAGUCACAAGAGGCUCUCUGGGCUGGAGCCGCUGUACCUCACGCCUGAGUUGGGAUUUGUCAACGUAGGGGAGAGAUGCAAUUUGAUGGGGAGUCUGCGGUUCAAGAAGAUGGUCGAGCAAAGUCGAUGGGAUGAUGCCUUGGAAGUUGCCAAGGAACAGGUUAGCUCUCGUUGCCAGCUCCUUUACAAUGAUUUCGGGUGCCAUCAGGUCGAGAAUGGCGCCCAGGUCUUGGACUUCAAUUUUGAUGCGGACCUCAUCGAUGGGCAGCUGGCCAUGGGCAGGUUCAUGAGGUCAUGUGUUACUGAGCCCGCGAUAGCACGUGUUCCGUUCAUGAUUGAUAGCUCGAAGUUCAAGGUGAUCGAGGAGGGUCUUCAAGCAGUCCAAGGGAGAUGUAUAGUCAACUCGCUUUCCCUCAAGGUCGGCGAGGAAGACUUCAUCUACCAUGCCAGGCUGGUACGGAAGUAUGGUGCAGCUCUCGUGUGCAUGGCCUUCGAUGAGGAAGGACAGGCAGCGACUUUCGACGACAAGAUUCGUAUAUGUGAGCGGACAUACAAGAUCCUGACUACCAAGUGCGGGUAUGAAGGCCACGAUAUAAUUUUCGACUGCAACAUUCUGACCAUUGCCACUGGGAUGGAAGAGCAUAACAAUUACGGCAAGGAUUUCAUCGAUGCUGUGGAGAUAGUACGGCAGAAAUGCCCGGGGUGCUAUACUAGCGGCGGUUUGUCGAAUCUAUCAUUCUCAUUCCGAGGCCUCAACGAGCUCCGCGAAGCCAUGCAUUCCGUGUUCUUGUAUCAUGCUAUCCCGAAGGGCCUAAGCAUGGCUAUAGUAAAUGCAGGGGCUCUGCCGAUUUACACUGACAUACCUGAGGAUAUGCGACAGCUCUUGGAAGAUGUGGUAAUGAACGUGAGUCCUGAGGCCACAGAGAAGUUAUUGGAGUUCGCCAGUGAAUUGAAAGAGAAGAAGGCUCAGAAGGGUGGCGCCAGUGGAGUGGUCAAAGCGGUCGAAGAAUGGAGGACGGAAGGAGUCGAGAAACGACUUGAGCACAGCCUUGUGAAGGGCAUCGAUAAGUUCAUCGUUGAUGACGUACAGGAAUGUUUGGAUGGGUUGCAGCUGAGGCCCUUGGAGGUGAUCGAAGGACCGCUGAUGGCGGGUAUGUCCGUAGUGGGAGACUUGUUCGGGUCCGGGAAAAUGUUUUUACCACAAGUUAUCAAGUCGGCUAGGGUGAUGAAGAAGGCUGUAGCACACUUGGUGCCCAUCAUGGAGACGGAGAACAGGCGGAAAGCCCUGGAGGAGGGGCUAGAUCCUGACCGUCCCAACUGGGCCGGCACAGUCCUCUUGGCAACCGUCAAAGGUGAUGUUCAUGAUAUUGGCAAGAACAUCGUGGGUGUAGUUCUGGGAUGCAAUAACUUCAGGGUCAUCGAUCUUGGUGUUAUGGUACCCUGUGAUCAAAUACUCAAGAGGGCUAGGGAGGAGAAGGCAGAUGUCAUUGGCCUCAGCGGUCUGAUCACACCCAGCCUCGACGAGAUGGUGUUUGUCGCACAACAGAUGCGUAAGGAGAGCAUGGACGUCCCACUGCUGAUCGGAGGCGCCACGACCAGCCGAAAACACACAGCAGUGAAAAUAUGGCCGCAAUAUGAGGCCAGUGUUGUUCACGUAUUGGAUGCGAGCCGGAGUGUGGUAGUUGUGAACAGUCUCAUCCAGAACCCAGAGAGACGGAUUGAAUAUAUGGAAGACAUCAAAGAGGAGUACGACGGACUAAGAGAGGACUACUACAGCACACUAGUUGACAAGAGGUGGUUGUCCUUGGAUGAGGCUCGGAAAAUGAGAUAUACCAUUGACUUUGAGAAGUACCCUCCACCUCCUGCACCUAGGAGGUUGGGCAACAAGUAUCUGGACGAGUACCCUUUGGAGGAGCUUGUCGAAUAUAUCGAUUGGACACCAUUCUUCCAGGUGUAUCAGUUGAGGGGAAGAUACCCGAAUAAGGACUACCCCAAGAUAUUCAACGACAAGAGAGUUGGAGAGGAGGCCAAGAAGCUGUUUGAUGACGCCCAGGCAAGAACGGCGAGGAUACGUGUCGUUGAGUGGAUUACCGCGACGGCUGUGGUUGGAGUCUACCGUGCGUGUAGCUCUGGUGAUGAUAUCAAUGUGCUGUCCCUGGACGGUUCUGGAGAGGUUCUCGAGACCUUCUAUGGCAUUCGACAACAGCUGGACACAGAACAAGACCAAACCUUCGCGUUGGGUGACUUCAUCGCUCCUGAGGCUUCUGGCCUCCCAGAUCAUAUCGCCCUCUUCUGCUGCCAAGCCGGGAUCGGUGUUGAAGAGCGAAAGAAAAUGUACAAUGCCACUCAUGAUAUCGACAAGUCCAUUAUGCUGGAGCCUUGGCAGAUCGACUGGCAGAGCAUUAGGACGGAUCCUGACUUCUGGGGCUAUGUGCCCGAGGAGAAGCUGACCCUCUCUGAUAUGCUCAAGGUGAAAUAUGUGGGAAUACGGCCGGCCCCUGGUUACCCUACGCAACCGGAUCAUCGAGAGAAGGAUACGCUUUGGCGUUUGCUCGAUGCUGAAAAGCUGUCAGGGGGUAAGAUGGUCCUGACGGAAUCCCUGAUGAUGAUGCCAGCAGCCAGUGUAUGCGCCCUGUGCUUCGCGCAUGAAAAGGCUAAGUACUUUGCAGUCGGACAAAUCAAUAAGGACCAAGUUGCAGACUAUUCGGCUCGUCGUGGGUGCACAGUGGAGGACUCCGAACGUUGGCUGGGCUCGUCGACCCUUGGCUAUGAGCCCCAAUCUCAAUAG